AUGGAAGAAACCAAAGUCUCCAGAUGCACUAGCCUUCUCCUUCCGGGGAACCUAGUCGUCCCCAUUUACAUGGUUGUUUCCAUAGAGGUUAUCGAAUGCCUUAGAGCCAGACGAGCCAUUGGCAAAGUGUUGCUCUCAGUCAAUUCCUCGUCCUCUCCUACCACUACCUCAUCAUCAAAACUGUUGUUACCUCCAUUUGAUAUUCCGUUCAAAUUGAUAUCAUCCAUCAUAUCACGAAGUGAAGUGCUCCCGAGUGCAUCACUAAUUUUGUCAUCUUGGAAAGUAAACCAGCUAGAUUUUGUAAACAAACUUCAGCAAGAAAGAAUCAAACAGUGA